AGGUUGGAGGAGAGAUGUUCACCCCUCCCAUCGGUAGCAGCAAACAUGACGGCGAUGACAUAGCACGCCUGCGCGACGAAUUGAUGACACGCCGCAACAUGCUAGAGCAACAGCAAAAGAAGGAUACCAGAACGCCGCAUCUUGGAUUGCUGGCACAAGAAGAGAUGUACGAGAUUAGACAAACAGGCGGGGGCAAGCAUGGUGAGUUGACAUCUGUUCAGGAGCAUGAAUACACAAGGCUGCAGGAUGUCAUGUCGAGGUUCAAAGUGAUCUACAACGAAGAGAGCAGCCGGCUCAAGGACGCUCUGAGAAGGUUCUUGGAGAGCAACAGCACCCUGGAGAAGGCCCUCAAGGAAUGUGUGGAAUGCGAAGAAGCCCUGCUGGCAUCGGAGUCUUUGUGAACGGAAUAGCGAGAAGAGGGUGGUUUGUUUAUUUCUGUAAAUGAUACACGCAAUC